AUGCUGUCUUUGGAACAAAGAGCUCUCAUAACAACAGAAACUGGUUAUUUGGGACUGGCCCCUACAGCUGUUCGCCAAGGAGAUGUCGUUGCUAUCUUAUUUGGCUGUAGGUUUCCUAUGGUCUUGAGGCCCUACCUUGAUGACAUGUAUCAAGUCAUCGGAGAAUGCUACAUCCACGAACUCAUGGAUGGGGAAAUGUUGAGUCAGGAGCGUGACGGCCAUGUUUCACGGCGGGAAUUUGUCCUGUGUUAG